UUUUUCUUGACCAAAUCACACGUCCUUUACUUUUCUGAUUCAAAGAGCAAAAAAAAAGUUGGCGAAAGACACGGAUGAAAUAACGAUGGAAUGAAAGAAAGAUCAUCUUGACGAAUUACGAUUAAUCCAUCAAUCGAUCAAAUCCAAUCAAUCAGGAACGAAACGAAAGAUGUCUGGUCCAAUCAAGAGCAAGCAUGGAGAUAUUUCCAAGGCUCCAACUCCUCAAAACACUCCAUCAUCAGUGACUAAUUCUUAUCUUAGAUCACAACCUCCAACGGUUCCAAGUAUUGAAGAAGAAGAUCCAGAAUUAUUAAGACAAAUUGCUAAUAAUCCUCAUUUAUUAAGUAUGAUCCAAGGUAAGUUGAGUGCAUUGGUUGGAAAGCAAAGUUCAUAUGUUUCAACUUUACCUAAAGCUACUAAAGAUAGAGUUUAUGGAUUAAAAGCUAUUCAAUUAAAGCAAAGAAAAGUUGAAGAAGAAUUUCAAAAGGAUUUAUUAGAAUUAGAAAAGAAAUAUGCUAAGAAGUAUGAACCAUUGUUUGUUAGAAGAAAGAAUAUUAUUGUUGGUGAUGUUGAACCAACCGCUGAAGAAAUUGAAGAAGGUUAUGCUUUAGAAGAAGAAGAUGAUGAUGAAGAUGAUGAAGAAGAAAAAAUUAAAGAAAUCAAUGAUGAUAAAGAAAAAGCUGAUAAAGAAGAUGAUGAUGAAGAGGAAGCAGAAUCUAAUGAAAAGGGUAUUCCAGGUUUCUGGUUAACUGCCAUAGAAAACUUGACUAGUAUAAGUGAAACUAUUACUGAAAGAGAUAGUGAAGUAUUAUUACAUUUAAUUGAUAUUAGAUCUGAAUAUUUAGAAACCCCAGGAUUUGAAUUAAUUUUUGAAUUUGAAGAAAAUGAAUAUUUUUCCAAUCAAUUUUUAACCAAGACUUAUCAUUAUCAAGGUGGAUUAGGAUAUAGUGGAGAAUUUGUUUAUGAUCAUGCCGAUGGAUGUGAAAUUAAUUGGAAAUCCAAAGAAAAUAAUGUUACUAUUAAUAUUGAAAGAAGAAAACAAAGAAAUAAAAAUACUAAACAAACUAGAACCAUUGAAAAAUUAACUCCAACUGAAUCAUUUUUUAAUUUCUUUGAUCCUCCAAAACCUCCAAAGAAGGCUGAAGAUGAAGAUGAUGAAGAUGAAGAACAUGAUGAAAAACAUAUAAAGGAUGAUGAAGAUGAUGAAGAUGAAGAAGAUGAAGAUGCUGAAGAAGAAUUAGAAGCCAGAUUAGAAUUAGAUUAUCAAUUAGGGGAAGAAUUUAAAGAUCGUUUAAUUCCAAGAGCUAUUGAUUGGUUUACUGGUGAUGCUGUUGAUUAUUAUCCUGGAGAAGAAGAAGAAUUUGAUGAAGAUGAUGAAGAAGAAGAUGAUGACGAGGAUGACGACGAUGAAGAUGAUGAAGAUGAUGAAGAAGAUGAUGAUGAUGAAGAUGACGGUCAAGGUCAAAAGGAUCCUCCACCAGAAUGUAAACAACAAUAAAUGAAGAUUUAAUCAUUAUGGUUAUUGUUAAUUUUUUUUAUAUUGUAUUGUCAAUUAAUAAUUGAAUAUAUAAAUUAAGCCUCAAAGAGAGUAGUUGUUUCUAGAC